GGUGUAUAUAUUCCUGUUAUAUUUUUAGAGCAUAACAUGGAGGAUGCAUGAUCAAAGUUUUUGUAAUCUUUGACAGGCAUGUGGUGGCUUAGUGGUUAGCAUGUUUGACUCAUGCAGCCAGGGUUGGGGGUUUGAUUUUUACCUGUGGAAUCACGACCUGUAUGUGUGGAGUUCACAUGUUUUCCUUGUGCUGUAGGGAUUUCCUCUGGGUACUCUGGUAUCUUCCCCCAGUCCAAAAAGUAUGGUAGGCUGAUUGGCAUGUCCUGAAGGAAAAUGUUUGUUUUUAUUUUUGCAGCUAGCAAAACCUUGCUCACCUUGUUUACCUGUGCAGGGAGCGUGGGCGUGUGAGUGUGUGGUUGUGUGUGUGUGUGUGUGUGUGUGUGUGUGUGUGUGUGUGUGUGUGUGUGUGUGUGUGUGUGUUACAGAGGGAAGGCGCAAAGACCUGGUGUUCUUCCCUUCAAGCCUUUCAGACACACCCACUAAGCAUCAGAUGAUUGCUGAUGAAGUUUUUAAUGUUGGAGGCUUUUUUUCUUCUUGAAGCCAGUGGAUUGUACUGAUGGCUAAGAGCAGCAUCUCUCCGAGGAAAACUCUGAAGCGCCUGUUCUCCAAAAGCACCGCAGACCUGCAGGAAUCUGGUGAGAAAAAGGAGAGCAAAUUCCACACACUGUUCAAAUGGAGAGAGAAGAAGAAAGACAAGAGAGUGGAGUCUCCUGAACCUGGAUCAACAGAAGAGAAUGAUGGAGGAGACUGGAAUGCUGCAUCUAUCUAUGCCACUGUGCCCAGGUCAAAGAAGGGGCUGUUCUCUCAUUCUGAGACUGAACUCCAUAAACCCAAGCGCUUUUCAACGCUCUCUUUUGCCUGGAAGAAGAAGAAGAAGAACAGAGAUCUCUCUCAGAGCUCCUCAAGUAUCAAUGUGGAGUCAGAGGUCAGGGGUCAUAUCAGAGGACCAGAGGAUGAAAACAAGAUAGAACAACCUUCCCUCAUUCAACAAGUGAAUUCUGAGGUAGCUGAGAGUAAAUCAGUGGACAAUGAUGUUGGAAGCACACAAGGUGAAGAUCAGAACGCAGUAGAAUUUAUGGUAGCUAACACAGCGUGCAUGAACAUUUCAUACAUUGACUCCUCGGUUUCUGGCAGUGAUGGUUACUGUACUCCUCCAGAAAGUCCUAGUUUGGGUGCUUCUCAAUCGCUUAGCAUUAACAGUACUGAAAUGCACCAAUCAUUUAGCAAGUACGGCAAAAUUAAUUCACCUGACACCACUAUAUAUGGUACUGCUGAAGAAGGUUCCAGUUUAUCUGUCCUGAGCUCCACAGAGUUCUCUCACAUGAGUUCCUCAAACUCACCCACCAGAACGUUUGAAGGCCACCUCUCACCAAUCAUUCCCAUUUCCACCAGCACUGUGGCCUCCUCCAUCAACAGCACACUCAUAAACAGACACCAUUCGGAAAAGAGCAUCAGUGCUGAUAGCAGGGAUCACUCUCUCGCACUUCAUCAAUGGGACAUGGGCAAAGAAAAUCCACAGUGGAUUGUAUCACCUGACUCCACCUCUCACAGGGAUUUAGUCGAGAAAUUUGAGGACGUAAACGCUAACCUGGCCUUAGGCUGUCAUGAACAAAGCUCCACUCAGCUCAAUGAAAUCACUGAUUCUAAAAACAGACCUGCAGAAAUAUCACUUUAUGAACCUGAGAUAGGAUUCCACAGAGACCGUUCUCACGUCAUUGAUGAUACCGUUCAAUACAAUGAAACUUUUAGGAAAAAUGUGGACAGCGUGGAUCAUAUUGCAGGUCCUGAUUGUGGUUCAUCCAUCUCAUAUGAAGCUUCUGUAGAAUUAGUUCCUCUUUCCUGUCCUGAUGAUCCAGAGAUCAUCUACUCAACAACAGAAAUUUACAGCUCUUCUUUUGGUGAAAAUUAUGGAAAUCCAGCUUCAGUAGAUUUUCCUGUUGUUUACCUUGAAUCAGACUUCGCACCUUCAUUGACAAGAAGAAGCAUCAUGGUAUCUGACCCUGACCCUGCAACCUUUGACUUUUUAAGGUCCUCAUACACAAGUGACCUUAAUUGCAGCAAUAACUUCUCAGAUCUUCUCUCUGAACCUGAGCACCCAAAGCAAGAACAAGAACUUCCAGAACCAACAAUUUUCAACAGUCUCUCAUUCAGUACGUUUAACAAAUCCUUGUCUGCUGAAAGCAUCUCUGCUGCCACUGAUCACUUGACGAGGUAUUCUUAUAUUUCUGAUCUUUCUCACCGAUCUUUCUCUGAAGACCAUGAAUCAGAAAAGUGCAAAGGAAACAAUUUGGAAGUAGAUAAAUGUGAUGAAGAACAAUCUGAUGAAAUCUCAGCUCAAGGACUUGCCAGUAAAUCUGCAGUGUUUGAGAACAUGUGCUAUUUAUCGGAAGAGAAGGAACCUCACGGUUUUACAGGAAAUAAUGAGCCUGUAUGUGAGACUGUGAUACGUGGAAAUGACUUUUACACCAUUACGUCAAUUAACAAUAAUUUGUAUGAGUCAGUUAACAAGAAAUAUUCACAAGAUGAUGGAAAUGCAGUGACAUUAAAUACAGAAGAGAAACUUACAAGAAAGCAGGAAAGUGACAUGGUAGAACCAAGAACAUUUCAAACUGAGGACAUGCUUGGAUCUUUUUCCAUCACUACGAUGAUAAUGGAUAAUGUUGAAGAAAAGACAUUUGGCCUGGAACAAGUGUUUCUCAGGGAUGAAGUACAAUUAAGUGGAGAAAGUGAGGCACCACCAGGUGAAGUCGACCAACAGCUUGAAGAUCUUGCUAUUAUUAAACCAGACAUGCCAGUUCUGCAAGUGUUUGUGCCUGAGGAAUGUGUCGUUGCCCCUCCCAUCAGUAUGCACGAUGAAGUGUCAGUCACAGACUACAAGACAGAAACACACCUGUAUGUCGAGGCUGGGUCAUGCCACUCCCAGGAGUCAGGAUCUCCGAUACCACAGCAAUGGGAGGACUCAACAGGGGGUGGAGUAAACAGCAAUGUUGUUAGGCUCCAUGUGGAUAUAGACAACAUUAAUACACCGGAGCCGGAGGCACGAUCUGUCACCUAUUAUCGAGAACCAAGAUUUGAAUCUGCUGAGCCACAAGGAUUACAAGAGACCAGAGACACUUUACAACAAAUUCAAGAGCGACAAAACAGCGCUGAUCAAGAGCACCAAGACGUUGUUGAGAAUCCCAUCCUCCAAUCAGAGAACACAGCUGAUAGCAGUAGAGAUACCUGUGGAAUCUUUACGGAAAGAAGCAAGACUCAGGGAGGAAUCGUUGUUUGCAUCAGAGAGUUUGGUGAGGAAGAGGAAGAGUUGACUAAAGAGAGGACAGUCUCAAACUGUCAGUCUGCACCAGUAUACACAUCACAUGGCCGGUUCUCUCAUGCCGUCUCUCUUCUCAGCACAGUAAUCGAAGAGUCUGACGCCGAUAUUCCCGUAGAAACUUGUCCUGAAUCAGAUACAGACAUGAGUGUGUCUCAUGUUGGGGUGCUGAGCACCACAUUAACUCUGAGGCCCAAAGUGUCUCGGGAAGGACAAGAAGAUGGCAAAAAAGUGCGCAAGGUGUCGCUGGUGAACAGCAGCAGCACCACAAACAGCUCCGCGCUUCAUAGACAUAUGGAUGAAUUCGAAAAUGGGGUUAGAAAUGACACCUUGGACAGUGGAACCAGACUUGAGGCAGUCGACGACUGGAAGCCGAGGCAUGACAGGUACCGUAGUUUUGAAGAAGAAUCAAGAUAUUUUUUAACUGACAGAUCGGAGUCUGAGGUGUCAGGCAGCACACACCUGUAUUCUUCACUCUCCAGCAGCUCAGAGUAUGAACCAACCAUGCGCUCCUCCCUCUCCUUCUCUUCUGAGCGAGAGUGGGAAUCCCUCCCCUCAGCCAUCUCCUUGGACACAGCGGGUAGCCACGGUAACACUACGUGGUGGAAUGCGAGGAGCGAAGUCCAGGUGAGCAGUGAGAGCCAGACAGGUGGGAGGAGCUGGGCGGAGCUUGCUGAACCUGCUGAGGAGAGUGAGGUGAAAAGAGACGGAGAAAUAACAAACACAGACUCAUAUUACAGCACAGAGGAGACUGACAGAUUCUUCUCCGGCGUCUUCAAGGCGACUCGUGUGGAUCUUUCCUCCACUGACGCCGAGCCAGAAACCCCAACACUCACCUCUCCACAUGACAUGGACACCCUGGUAGACACAUUGAAAAGCAUGGCGCCUCCUGUUCGACACCGGUCCCUACGCAGCACCUCCAGUUUGCCUUUCUCGUCUCUUCCACCGAUUGUUGAAGAUGCCACUAGCACUGUUGCUCCUGGGAUUGAGGUUUCCGAUAUCUCCAGCCCGACCUCUCCUGCACCUGCCAAACCUUUCAACAGCCUGCCACUGGACCUGGGGUUGAACUGGAGCACCUCCAAAGAAAUGCGUUCUCCUCUGGCAAUGAUGAGCAUGCUAAAGGAGCAGCAGGGUCAGGAUGCACAGGGACGCUCUCUUAUCUUACCGUCGAGAGCUUCAGCUCUCAGUAGCAUCGUCAUGCGCAAGAGCUCACUUCCCAACCUCAACCUGGAUGAGGGAUCUCAAGUAAAUGGUUUAAUCAGAACCUCACGUCUGGACCACAGCCUGCUGUUUUCCAAUUACCGUUCCGAACAGAAGGAAGAGAACGGCAAGCCAUCAGGUCACCGGUCUCUCUUCCGAGCAGCCUCGUUGCCUGAGGUUAACUCCGGACAUGACUACCAAAGCAUGUUUUCCAAGGGAACAGACUCAUUGGGGUCUGCAGGCUCCAGUUAUGAGCUGUCCUUCCUCACGUCGUCCCCAAGCUCCAUUCCAGGGUUGACCGAGACAUCUCAUAUCAGCAGGAGCCCUUUGGUCAUCCACAGCCCCACUCCUGAGAGUCCUACCUCCAACAACACACCUCCUGUGUUGCACAGCCUUUCAUCAGAACCACCGGUGAAACCCCAAAGCCUGCAGCAGAGCUUUAGCAUUGGCACAUCUUCCCAUGAAUUGCCUGUCCAUAAUGGUGUCAGAAACAAUUUCGGUGUCAUCCAGGAGCCUGGACCAGACAGGAACCUACUGGCCAAGUACAAAGCAUUCCCAGAUGCCUAUCUCACAAAAGAGAAAGAACACGGCAAACUGAACCCUCGACCUGGGAAGAUGUUCAUAUACAACCGGCCAGGACUGUGUGGACAGAGGAUCGAGGUGAAUGGAGACGUGAUGAACGCUACAGAGUGGGAGUUUCCAGAAACCAUCUCCAUUAGAGUGGUCCGAGGAGGCUGGGUUUUAUACGAGAAGCCAGAAUUUAAAGGAGAGAAGUUUGCGCUGGACGAAGGAGACAUCGAGCUGACCAAUCCAUUCAGACCGCCAGAGGACGAGCCGAGAGCCGAGCAGAAUGGAGAACAGGAGAAUGGAGAACAGGAGAAUGGAGAACCCAGACAUGUAGAACCAAGACGCUUCGUCAUAGGGUCACUGCGCAGAGCAGUCCGGGACUACAGCGUUCCUGAGAUCUGUCUCUUCCCCGAGGAGAAUGCUGAGGGAAAGAAGGUGGUGUUCAGGGACACGUCAGACGACGCCCGGAUCUACGGCUUCCCCAUUAAAGCCAACUCCAUCAUCAUCAACGCUGGGCUGUGGCUGGUGUUCGCCGAGCCCUAUUUUCAGGGCGUCCCGCGAGUCCUGGAGGUCGGAGGCUUUCCAAAUCCAGCUUCCUGGGGCGUCACGCAUCCCUACGUAGGCUCCCUACAUCCUCUCAAAAUCGGAGAACCAAGAGUGGAGAGACCCAACGAGCCUAAACUGGUGAUCUAUGAUAAACCGUAUUUCACCGGGAAAAGCCGAGAGAUUUACACCAACAUGAGAGACUUCAUAACCAAAACAGACCAACAGCAGAUGGCAUUUAUGUACAGUGUUGGGUCCAUGAAAGUCAUCGGUGGCAUAUGGGUGGGUUAUGAGAAGGAGGGUUUUCGUGGACAUCAGUACCUGCUCGAGGAGGGCGAAUAUCACGAUUGGCGAGCGUGGGGGGGCUGCAACUCCGAACUGCGCUCUGUCCGGGUUAUCCGAACUGACCUGAGCAACCCCAUGGUGGUGAUGGUUGAGAUGUCGAGUGAGGAGGUGGAGGAAGAGCACACGUUUGAGGUGACUGAGGCCAUUCCCGAUGUGGAGCUGUUUGAUUUCCAAACGUCUACGCGCUCCAUCCACGUAAUCAGCGGAGUGUGGGUGGCGUACUCUCAUGUGGAUUACUCAGGAAACCAGUAUGUCCUGGAGAAAGGUUUCUACAACUGCUGUGCCGACUGGGGCUCGGGAGAUAACCGGAUCUGUUCCAUCCAGCCCAUCCUGCCCGCCCUGGCUGAUUCUCAGGCUUUCCGCAGCGAGCUGCUGUUGUACACAGAGCUGAAUUUCCAGGGGACGUGUCAGGUUCACCAUGAGAGUGAGGAGUUUCUGCCUGAGAGACGAACAGUGCAGUCCUGCAGGGUGGUGGGAGGAAGCUGGGUUCUGUACGAUGCGAACAGCUUCUCGGGGAACCAGUACAUUCUGUCAGAAGGAGAUUACGCUAAUCUCACUAGCAUGGGCUGCUCGGAUAACUGCAUCCUGAGAUCUGUUAAACCCGUACCGAUCUUGUUCACGGUGCCGGCCAUCUCUCUGUUCGGUUUGGAGUGUUUUGAGGGACGUGAGGUCUCUGUGGAAACUGAGGUGUCUAGUAUGAUGGAAGAAGGGUUUAAUCCUCACUUCCUGUCUGUGAGGGUCAACAGCGGCUGCUGGGUGCUGUGUGAACACAGUAACUACAGGGGGCGCCAGUUCCUCCUCGAACCCAUGGAGAUCACAAACUGGCCCAAAUUCAGCUCACUCACAUCUGUGGGUUCAUUGUACCCGAUCCGAGAGAAGAGGCGAGUCUUCCGGAUCCGUUAUAAGGAGAGCGGACUCUACAUGUCGGUGCAGGGCGGAGUGGACACUAUGAAGACGACACGUGUGGUGGUGUCCGAGAAUGUGGAGGGUCUGAGCGACGUGUGGUUCUAUCAGGACGGCCUCAUCAAGAACAAGUUGGCGCAGGCGAUGAGUCUGCAGGUAGUGGGCAAUGUGGAACCAGGAGCGAAGGUGCUUAUGUGGUCAGAAACCCGAACUCCUGUUCAGACCUGGAGCGCCAAACUGAGCGGCUCCAUCUCCAGCCUCACCUUCCCCGGCCUGCUGCUGGAUGUCAAGGGUGGUAAAACGUACGAUAAGGAUCAUGUGAUUGUUCGGAACGACACUGAGGACACCCCCACUCCGCUAUGGGACAUAGAAUUCAUCUAAGCCCCACCCCCUUUUCGGUCAUGUUAACCUUUAUUUAAUAUUUAUUCUGUCAGCUAACUCACCACAUUCAGCGCAUGAAGGGGCAGGUUUAAAUCAUCAUGUCCUUCAUUUUUUCACACCAUCAGCUUGAAAAAUAUUGUGAUCCACAUGGUGGAGCCCAAGAGUUAACAAAGAAACAAACAAAAAAUUCUCCAAUUAACACCAGACUCUGAAGUUUGAAUGCGAGUGUUUUGGAUUAAUUUGUGGCUUUUGGGUCUUUGUUUUUUGAUGAGGUGGAACACGGAGCAGUUACAGAGAAAUUUACACACAAAAGUGUCAAAACAUGAAAUUGAAUAGGAAAAUUCUGUGUGGUGCACAGUUAUA